AUGAACAAACCAAUUAUAAAAGAUAAAUCAGAACAAUUCUUUAAAUUUAGAGAUGUACACAGACAAGAGAAAAAGCUGUUUGACAAGAACCAAUUCUUAUCUUUUAAACUUGAAAGAUCAUUAAGAUUAUCAAAUAAUACAGUAGAUAAUAAUAAUAGAGGUGGUGGGGGAGGAUUAAUCGAUCAAUUAUCAUUCCCAAAUGUAUUUGUAAAUAAAAAGUUGAUUAGUCCACCAACUACUCCUCCUCCAUCACAUCAUCACCAACAACAACAACAACAACCACCAGCAACAGAAUUAUUAAUCAAUAAACCUUAUUGUGGUCAUUGUGGAAUAAAAUUUGGAAUCUUUACCAACAUGGUUGUAUGCGGACUAUGUAAAAUCAAUUUCUGUAACAAAUGUGUAACCAAACUAUCGAGUAAUGAUAUAACAGGAGUAUUGAGAGAAGGACAAGUAAUCAAUUAUUGUGAGGCAUGUGUCAUUGUUGCAAUGGCCGAAGAAUCAAAUCGAAGAUACUACGAACACGUCAAACAAUCAAAAGAAUCAAAUCCCCUCUACCUCAUCUACAACGAACAAACACUCCUCCGUAAAGCAAUUGUAGCAUCUAUUCCAAACUUUGAAUACCUUGCAUCAUCAAUUGUCGAUUUCACAAGAUCUUCUCCAAAAAAUAGAGAAACUUUUUUACAAGUCUAUAAUGAAGUAUUAAAUAUACAAAAUGAAUUAUCAGUAUUAUUUAAAGAAUUUGAUAAACAAUUAAAAUUAUUGAUAUCAUUAAAUUCAAAUCAAUUGGGAUCAAAACAAGAAUCUGUUAGAUCAAAUAUGAAACAUGUCUAUGUAUUUUUUCUUCAACAACAUUUACCAAAAUUUAAAACUAUUCAAAAUCAAAUAUUACAUUUAGAAAUGAAUGUAGCAACUAAUAUUUAUACCAUUUUAUGUGGAAUAACAUUAGAUAACAAAUUACAUAAAGAGUUUUGGAAUCAAUUUCAAAAUCAAUUUCAAGAUACCAUAUCGGUAUGUCGAAGAGAUUUAUUCAAUGCAACUGUAAAAUGUGGAGAGAAUUGGGAAACCCAUAAAGGAUUGGUAGAUGAUACGAUUUGUGGUAACGAGAAAUCAUUUCUACUAUUAUCAAAUCACCCGAGUAAAGAGUUUUUGGGAUCACUUGUACGAAAGAAUUUAGAUGUCAUCAAACAUACAAUCGAUCAAAUCAAUCUACGUGUAAAACCUGAUGACCUAGUAUCAAGUAAACAAAGUUUACAACAAUUAUAUAAUCAUUUAGAAAUUGUUUAUAAAAAAAGUUUACAAUUUUAA